GUUUUAUUCAAGGCAAAUACCAUUUUUCGAGCUCUGUGAAGCUUUUGAGAAAACAAUAACUAAAAUAGCAAUGACGUCGCUUUAUUGAAGGUUUGGAAGUGGCUAUAUAAAUAAAACAAAAAUUAAAUUUAAUAACAUGUUUGUUAAAUUACUCUAACACUAAAUUUAUACAUAUGUAUACUGAUGUACAGAUGUAAGAUUUAAAACAUAUACAACUAUGGUAGGUAAAUGAUAAAAAUACAUUCCAUCUCACAUAUUAUACAUACAUACAAAUGUAUUUACAAUCUGUUUGUAAACUAGCGGUUUAUUAAUCGAAAUCGUAUUAUAAUUGAUUAUUACAGCAUGAAAAGUAAUGCGGAAAUACAAAUUAUCUCGCUUCAUUACUAUUGCUCAUCAUUUGCAACGCUUAUAAAUAAAAAUUAAAUACAGUGUCUGAUAAAGGAAGGUGUUAAAAUAUUUUUGAGUGUAUGAAUACAUACAUACUCGUCCGGACACCAAAAAUUUAAUUUUUACCAAAAUAAUAUUUUUCUUGAAGUGGACGCCAAUCAGCAGAUAUUUGUUUUGAUUAUUCUAUCUAUUUGCGUAUGUACAUACAUAUGUAUGUAUUUAUGUAUGUAUCUUAGUUGAUAAUUAUGGGAAGUCCAUGAUCAAUCAUACAUAUACGUAUAUGUAUAUAAAUAUAUGUGAUAUACUGUGUGUUCAUAAAAAAAAUGGAAUAGUACGUAUGAUAUGAAAGCUGACGCUCUAUUAAGGAGACACCUCCAUACGAACAUUAACCGUGCACCUUGGCCGGCCCCAAUAUUUUUUAAUGUUUAUUAAGGACAAUCUAUUAAGCGGGCAGAAAGGCUGGUCCUGCGGAUAUUUCCUUAUGGGACACUUCAUUAUAUAUGUAUGUAUGUAUGUAUGUGUGUAUAUGUAUAUGAAAGAUAAUUUGUGGGCACAGGUUCGAAAAUUAAAAAAAACUUGUUAUCUUAACACUUUUACUAAAGGUUAUUUGGAUGCAUAUGCAGAUAAGAUAUAAAUAGAAUUGAUAGACCUUUUGAUGGUAAUGAAACCAAUUAAAAAUGAUUUAUUUUGUAAUACUUCGUUAAUUAGUAUAUUUUAUGGAAAAAUGUAAACAUUUAUCAUUAGCAGAACUAUUCACAUCGAAAAUGUUGCAGACUGUUCGUACAAAUCUGUUAACGCGCUUGUUGCGGAAUCCCCGUAUAUGUCGUCAUAUUACAGCUACAGCAGAAAGCAAUACUACAGGCACCGAAAAAAGCGAUAGUUUACCGGGUGAUGAAACACACUUGGACGAGUUUACCAAAGAGUUUCUUAAAAAUCGCAUAGAAAUGUCGCCUUUUCAGAAGAUACUACUCGGGGCGGGUUCAUCGAUUGCCGCCUUAAUAGAUCCACGAAGGCAUGACAUGAUCGCCGCUUUAGGGGAAACCACCGGCGAACCGACCUUGAGGAAUAUUUUUCACACAAUGGAACUCACUGCUGAGGGUCAGCGCAUACUGAAACAGAAGCCACGUAUAAACACGCAUACCGUAGAUAUGAACCAUUUACGUUCCUUAGGAGAGAAUACUCUUGGUCGGGUCUACGUAAAGUUCUUGGAUGAUAAUAAAGUAACACCCGACUCGCGUAUGGAAGUACGUUUCAUUGCCGAUCCAAUGCUAGCAUAUGUGAUGACGCGUUACCGCGAGUGUCAUGACCUGGUGCACACAGUGCUGGGAAUGCCUACCAAUAUGCUGGGUGAAGUAGCCGUCAAGUGGGUAGAGGCGUUGAAUAACGGACUGCCUAUGUGUUACGGGGGUGCAAUAUUUGGGGCUAUGCGAUUACGUCCUAAACAACGGAAGGAGUAUGUUUCUCGUUAUUUGCCUUGGGCUCUGAAAAAUGGCAAGAAAAUGCAACCAUUAAUGCCUGUAUUUUGGGAAGAGCGCUGGGAGCAAGAUAUAGGAGAACUUCGUAAAGAAUUAAAUAUAACGAUCUUAGAAUUAUGAACCCAAGGGGUAAUUCCUAGUAUACAUACAUAUAUGGACUUGUGUUAAACAUUAUUAUUUUAUUUAUUUUUAAUAAAUAAACAAAUGAACUGAAAUUCACCAUA